UCCAUUAUGCUAUGCAAGUUUGCUGGGUUGACCUACUUACUGCACUAGUGUGCACUAGUUCAACUAGUGCAGUUAAAAGAAAAACAAACUCGUUGUCGAUCGUUCAGUCACAUUCUGCUGAUUUUGCAAUCUGCAUUCAAUCCUCUAUUCCUCUUCCAUGGCUCUCACAUGUCAGGGUCACAGUUACGAGUUUGUUUACAAAUCAUAUAAGUAUCUUACUCGACGUUAUUGACGCGGUGACAUAAAACAACUUAUGGAAAAUUGCAUAGUGAAUGACAACAUUAAUAAUGACUUUCUUUCGCAGUCUUAUUCUCAAGGUAUCGAAAGGAUUACGGGAACAAAAGACAGUACCUUUAAUUUUCAAAUACCAAAAGAACUUCUGGAGGUUCGGGAGAAAACUUGGAGCAACUUGUUUGAUAAAUAUUCCAAGGAGAUGUCUGAUGAUAUAGAGCUAAAUGUUGAUACUCUAGAACCCGAAGAAGAGGAAGAAGAGAAAGCAAUUAGCGAGGAAGAGUAUAGUUGUGGGCAGCGAAUACCUAUGCGUAAACCAGCGACUUUAGUACAGUAUUGGAUAAAUACUGGUAAUCCGCCCUAUAAGGUACUUUUAGAUGAGAAUGAGCUGUCUGAAAGUGGUUCGUCUCUAAGCGAGAAAGAAACUACAUCUCUGUUAGGGUCUCCGGUCACAAAUGCUGUAAAUGCGGUAAAUUCAGUAAAUACGAUAGAUGCAGGUGAUAAGCGAAAAGACUCAUCCUGCAGUUCUGUAGAUACUGCAGCUUACAUUCUAUCAAAUGCAAAUGUCACAAAGAAAGCGGAUACUAUAGCUAUUAUAGAAGGUGCAAAAUGUAUCGAGGCUAAAUCUUUGAAAGAGGUUUCUAUUAAAGAUGUAGGAGCUUCAUCCGAUGAUAAAAUUGAAUGUAUAGAAACUACAAGAAUGAAUUGUGUGAUACAUGAUGACGAUAGCAAUGUUGACGUUGACGUUGACGUUGACGGUGACGUUGACGAUGCCGAUAGCAAUGUUGACGUUGACGUUGAGGUUGACGAUGCCGAUAGCAAUGUUGACGUUGACGUUGAGGUUGAGGUUGACGACGUCGACGUCGACGUUGACGUUGACGCUGAUGUUGAUGCCGAUGCCGAUGCCGAUGCCGAUGUUGAUGAUGUUGUUGUGGAGAUGGAUGUGGAUGUGGAUGUGGAUGUUGAUGUUUCAGACACCGAAUUGUAUCCAAUGUCAAGGACAAAAUCUACGGCAACAGAAAUAUGUGAUGGCGCAGUAGCUAGUACCCUAGUAUCCGCUAACGCGAUACAAUCUAAUAUUUAUUCGCAGAGUGAGGAAACGGAUAAUAUAGAUGAGUCGACUACCAGUCAAAGAAAUUUAGAUGUGCAAACUAUAGACGACAUUGCAUCCAUUUUUCGGCAAUUUGAUAAGACGUCAAAACGAUUGGUCGAGAAUGAUAAAAGUAAUGACGUUUCAGGUCAGGAUAGGAUGCUGGAAAUGGAUACUUUUCACGGGAGGCAGGUGUCGGAAACGUCGGACGUUGCGCGUGAAAUUAUUGCAAAAGAUACGAGUCUGACAGCUUUCCAUCGUAAGAAAUUGUACACGGGCCGCGAUUCUCCUGUAGACCUGAUACUAACCGAAACACAUGGUACAAGUAGAUUAUCUGGAACAAAACAAAGUUUACAUCCUGCCUUAGAUCCGGAUGGUACGAUUAAGAGAAAGAACACGGUCUUGGUUCACAAAGGCAAAAAUAAACGUUCUCUUUCUGUUAAAAGGAGCCUUGGUUCUAAGAAACGGAAAGAGGGAAGAGAACUUUCUUGUACUUCCAAUAAAACGAUUACAGACAUUAGUAACAAGUAUACAAAUGACAACAGGAUUCAAGAUUCCAAUAUUGACAGCUCUUCCAAAAGUUUAUCGGCUUUCCAGAAUAAUUUGGAUAGACGACGAGAUGACAAACCGUUUAGGGAAUGCGAUGACACAAAUGUUUCUAUAAACAAUGAGAAACGUAAACAAAAUUUACCGUCUCUUAAUCUAAAGCCAAUCGUACUUUUAGAGCGGAUUAAACCUUUUAAACGACGUAAGCUCAAAUUUGGCAAAUAUUUGAAGAAUACCCAUAUUGCGCAAAAAAAGAAUGUACAUAAUGACGGGCGUUUAAAGAAAUUCAAAAGGUUGGAUUCUUGCGAGAUUGAAAAUCUGGAAGUAGAAACGAUAGAUAGCGAUGAAAGUACUAUUCUUAUUUGCCAAUGUAACAUAAAUGCAUCGCAGCAUGCUUCUUCUUUAAGUGACUGCUCUCUUAAUUUGAGAUUGAAUAUCGAAGACAACUUCUCUGCUUCGAAUGCAGAAAGGAAAGGCGGCGAAUUAUCAAGUUUGAGGGAUACCGACGCGAGCCAGAAUAAGGAGCUACGGAUUGUAGAGGAACUACCACGCUUAUUAACGAGAGAUUGUACAAAUACAGCAAUGAAAUCGCAGGUUUCAAAUAAGAAUAAUGCUAUCUGUGUUAGGAAUAAAUCUAAAACAUAUUCUUAUUUAUACGGAAAAGACAAAAUGGAUAACGACGUGAAACUGCGAGAGAUUAAAGUUUUAUUGGAACGAUUGCCAUUAUCAGCAAAGAAUUGUACAAGUACAACGAUGAAGAUGCAAGCCUUAAAUAAAAAUGAUGCUAUUUGGCAAAAAGGGAUAUCAAAUAAAUCUAAGGCGCACUUUUCUAAUCCAUAUGGAGCAAAUAAGAAAGAUAAUGAAAAACUUCGAGAAAUUAAAGUCGUAUUGGAGCGAUUACCUGGAAAUAUAUGUCUUAAGGAGAUCAGCAACGUUACAAAUACAAAUAGUUUUCCCAAUGAAAAGAAGAUUUCGCGGAAUACGAGUCUGCAAACUAAUCGUAAACGGGAAUCUCAAAUUAGAAAAUCUUCCAAAAUUCUGGCUCAUGAAAAUGGAGCAGCUAUUGGACCAGUUCGUAACAAUUAUUCGUUAAGAAUGAAUGCCAAAUCCAAUGAAAAUAAUGAUAAAAUAGGUGAUAUAUUCGACAUUGUCGCAGAAAGUGGAAAUCAAGUUUUCGACAGAAGUAAGACAGAAUCAGAUUCUACAUUUCAGCAGGAAACAUUUCGACAUAAAAAUCGUAGUGAAGCGAGCCAAGAUAAAUAUUCAGUUUUAUCUUUUACGUCAGAUGAAGAUGAUUUUGUUCGAUCGAUACAAUAUCCCAGAAAAAGAUCAAAAGUGUCAAUAGACGACGAUAUAUUAGACAAACCAAAUAUCGCCGAAAAAAUAUUCUGCGAUCAGACCAAGUUGAUUAUUAGCAAUAAAAACAAUGAUCGUUCUAGUAGGAACUUAAGUAUGGUAAUUCGUUCGUCGGAAGAAACUGUACAAAGAGAUAUUGGAUCGAUAAAAGAGAAGAAAGAAUGUAGUGGAGUUGUCGAGAUCAAAUCUUUUGACGGUACGCGAACGACUGACGCAGCUGACUCCUUACGGAUACGUAAAAAUGAAAGAUUUGUGUUUUUCUCAAGUGAAGAUGACAACGAUUUUGCUGUUGAUAAUUCAGAUAAACGUAGGGCAAGAAUUUCGUUUUUGGAUAGUAAGAAAAAUAAAAUAAAUAAUAACAGUCGAAAGAGUUCAAAUGGAGCGAUAACAAAGAAUGGGAUAGAUCGCAAGGAUGUCCAUGUUAUGUUCUUCCAAACGAAAACAUUUGACACAAACUCUUCAGAUUCUGAAGAAAGCAACAGUUCAUCUACUUUUAAAGCGUUAAAAAGUUCUAUUCGCAAUAGAUUGCGACAUCACAAUCGUGUAAAUCCGGAAGAGAUCUUUAACGAUUCUGUUGCAAAGAGGUACAGCAAGAGAUAUUCAAGCUCAUUGAAUUCUUCUCUUGAAAAGCACAAUCGGGUGCACGACGUAAGAACCAGAUCGACACCAAUCGACGAAGAAGCUAAAGCGAACGAACGAUUGGCUAAUGAAGGAUCUAAUGGUGAUUUUAAGUCAAGAAUCCGUGACACAAGAAAAGAUGCGUCUUCCUCUUCUCCUAUAAAUGAUGUACGAAACACAUGCAAGACGCAACACGUGCGAGAAAAAAUGUUUUCAAAUGCAAGGCACCUCGAGGCAACUAAUCUUGACCGGAGUUUACCGGAACAUAAGGAAAUCUCGGACAAAUCUAAGAAUUCACUAGUUAUUCCGCAUGACGAAACGUACGUUACACCUACGGUAAGAAAAUUGUUGACGUUCCAAACGAAAAGUUAUUACGAUUCUUCCGAUUCGAACGAAACUUUGUAGCAGACUUUGUAGUUUAAUUUUCAAGAAAUAUAUGUACUAAAAUCCGCAUGAUGUAUGUUUGUAAAAUGUAUGAAGAAUGUAUAAAUGUACAGAUGUGUAUAGAGGAAAUGUGAAAUUUUACGAAAUUGUUUAAAAUAUACUUGUAGGUAUAACGUGUACGGAAUAUGUAGCGAAUAUAAAAUAAGCUCAUAUCUUUAAUAAAAUAAAUAUAGCGCAUCGUCUAGAGAGAAA